CCUUUCUUCUUCCCCCGCCCCCGCCAGCUGGCAAAAGAGAGAGGCGGGCGGGCGAAGUGGAAGCAAACAUGGCGGCUGUGACGGGGGAUAUUGCGCUGGCGGGGGCCCGUGUGGAGCGAGGCAGCGCAGCAGCCGCCACGACCACAGUAGCAGCAGCCGGAGCGAGCCUGAGAAGAGCGGCCGAGUGAGCUCAGCGCCUCCCCAGCAGCAUCUUCUCUCCUGCCCUACCCCACCCCCGGACGUCUCCUGCGUUUUCCCCACGGUGUGGUCGAGAUGGAGGUGGCAGGGGCCGGGGACGAGGGCGAAGAGCCCCCGAAAGGGGUCCGGAUUCUUGGUUCGGAGCUGGUGGAGACCUACACGGUGUACAUCAUUCAAGUCAGUGUUGGGAACCAUCAGUGGAUAGUCAAACAUCGAUACAGUGACUUCCAUGAACUUCAUGAAAAGCUUGUUUCAGAGAAGAAGAUAGAUAAGAAUCUGUUGCCUCCUAAGAAGAUUAUUGGCAAAAAUUCCAAAAGUUUGGUGGAAAAAAGACAAAAGGAGUUAGAAGUCUAUCUACAAACUCUCCUUGUCACAUUUCCCUUAGCUGCACCCAAAGUAUUGUCGCAAUUCUUGCAUUUUCACUUAUACGAAAUCAUUGGAAUUACAGCUGCAUUGGCUGAGGAACUCUUUCACAAAGGAGAGCAGUUACUUAUGGCUGGUGAGGUCUUUAAUAUUAGACCCUUGCAGUUAUAUGCCAUUACUCAGCAACUGUGUAGGGGAAAGCCAACAUGUGCAAAUGGAGAUGCCAAAACUGAUCUUGGUCACAUUCUGGAUUUCACGUGUAGACUCAAAUAUUUAAAGAUUACAGGCACAGGUGGCCCUCUUGGAACCAGUAACAUUCAGGAACAUCUUUUGCCUUUUGACCUAUCAAUAUUUAAAUCUCUUCAUCAGAUACAGAUAAAUCACUGUGGUGCAAAGCUUAUAAAAGGGUUGACCUCCUCAAAGCACACUUUAGCAACACUGAGUGUUCAGUUUUCAGCAACAUCAAUGAUGGAGGUCCUAGUUCCUGAGGCCUAUGAAUUUGACCAGUGGGAGCCUGAGGGUAUACCAUCCAGUUGUCCUGUGACAGCAGUUAUUCCAAUGUGGAGUACUUUAACAACCUUAGAUAUGAGUCACAAUAACAUUGCUCAAAUUGAUGAUUCUGUGAAACUUAUGCCGAAGAUAGAAUUUCUUGAUUUAAGCCACAAUGAUGUACCACUGGUGGAAAAUUUACAGCAUCUAUACAACCUCAUUCAUCUGGACCUGUCCUACAAUAAACUUGCAACAUUAGAAGGUAUUCAUACCAAAGUUGGGAACAUCAAAACUUUGAAUUUAGCAGGAAAUCAUCUGGAAAGACUGUAUGGCCUCAACAAACUCUACUCCUUAGUCAACCUGGAUCUUAGCUACAACAAACUGGACCAGAUUGAUGAAAUAAAGAAUAUAGGAGGCCUUCCAUGCUUGGAAAAGGUUGUUUUAUCCAACAACCCUUUAAGUAUUAUUCCUGAUUACAGGACCAAAGUACUGGCUCAGUUUGGGGACAGAGCCUCAGAGCUCUGUUUGGAUUAUACUGUAACUACUGAGAAAGAACUUGACACUGUGGAAGUGCUGAAGGCUAUACAAAAAGCAAAAGAUGCAAAAUACAGAAUGAAUAACUCUGAUAAAAAGAUUACUGAAGAUUCCAAGCUUUCUGCUGCCAGCUCAAAAUCAAACUGUUCUUCUCUUUCUGUACAACCUCCUUCUUCUUCUCUGCCUCGUCCUGUCAGCUCCAGUCAAGAAAUAACUUGUAGAAAAACAGUGAUAGCCAGCAGUUUCUCAUCAAGUAGUUUGACUCCUGCAAGCCAUACAGUUACUCAGAGAUGCUCUGAAACACCAGACCUGGGAAGCAGAAAUCAGGUACCUGCUUCUCAGUUGGACUCUUCUAACAAAUAUGAAAACGCCCAUCAAAUGUGCUUGGACCAUUCAAAAGAAGAACCUGAUGCCUUGCCUGACUCUUUUAAUACUGUCAUCUUGCCUUUCACUUGUAUGUCGUACACUGCCACAAAUCAGGAUUUUGUGCAACACCUGUCUGCUUUGAUAGCAGAGGCUGUGAAAAGUGCACCCUCUUUCUCAGUGGAAACUCAAAACACAGGGAACCUUUUGAGUGAUUGCAGAGUUGCAGAUACUGAAGAUGGCUAUUUUGAAAUGGGACUUCAUGAAGGAGACAAUGUGUUUGAGUUCACUCCUACAUCACAUACUGUGCAGAUAGCUUCUGACAGCACAAAAACAGAACAGGAUGACAUAGUUAAAGUUCUCUGGAGCUUUUGUAUUCAGGUUCAUAAAGGACUCAAGCAGUUUGCUUCCUGUUUGGUUUUGACCAGUAAUGUGGUAGCUGUAUUUGAAAUUCCACAAGAUCCCAAAGGAAACUGCCAGCAUACUCUUUCUGCCUUGAAAUUAGCACUGUGCUUUCCGUAUUCUGACCUGACAGAAUUUGGCUUUUUAAUACCAGAAAUAUGUUUGACACUCAACGUAAAUAAUGGUGAUAUCUGCUUGUAUGUUGUUUCGGACUCUCAGAAUCUGCAAGAUUUCUAUUCCUGUUUACAUAUGCCUCGCUCUCAGUGCUGUAUGCCUGCUUUAACAAGUUCUUUACUGUACUGUGGCAAAGCAAGUUUGCAAGAAUUUGUCUACCAGCUAAUGGGAUUUUAUCAUAUUUCAUCUGAAAACACAGAAAUAAAAGGUUGCUUCCCUGCAUACCUCUUCUACCAUAAUAAAGCUAAUGCUCAGAAAGUCUUGUGUCAGCCAGAAUUGGCCCAUGAUGGCAAAACUUCUUCUAAACCUGUUGGUGGUUCUGCACUUUAUUCACUAUUUAAUAAAUCUGCCAAAGAGGGCCACUAUAUGUUCCAUCCCUGUUGGAUAUUUCUGACAUCCCAACACCUACAUAUAGUUCAAGUUGACUUUAAUGUACUGCCAGGUAAAUAUACAGACUCUGAGAAUGCAAGGAGCAUAUUCAAGCUGAGCAGGAUUCCACUGGCUUCUGUUCUUUUGCACCCCACCAGUCAUUCCAUUCAGCAAGAAGGUUCAUUUUCAGAUGGGCAUGUGCUGGAAUUGCUCAUUGGCUACAGAUUUGUCACAGCAGUAUUUGUCCUACCUCAUGAAAAAUUCCAUUUUCUACGCGUCUAUGGUCUUUUGAGGACACUUCUGCAAGAUAUCAAAACUAUAAUUAUUUUCAAAGCUUCCAGCAACAUAGAACCUGUAAGAAAUGCUCUCUGGGACUCCAAGAGGCAUGGUCAGACUGCAAGCUUAUGCAAGCCUCAUUUGCCAUUCUCAUCCCUGUAUCCAUCUGACUUUCUGAUGCAGAAAAUUACUGAAGAGAACCAGAUACCUGUGCACCUUCCAGUCUCUUCAUCUCUUCAGUAUGUGGCUGGGCUAAAGGGAAAAUCCAUUAUGGAAUUUUUCCACAGCAGCAUUGCUGAGGUGGAAAAUGAAGAGCUGAGGCAUCUCAUGUGGUCAUCUGUUCUGCUUUAUAAAGUUCCUGAUAUGGAAGUGACAGCUUGUGUACUACUCUCAACUAAAGCUAUUUACUUCUUGUUGGAUGAUUCUUUGACUCAUUCUAAUGAACACAAUUUAGAUUUUUGGAACAAAGAACACUUGGACUAUGAAUUUGGUUCUUUCCACCUCUCUUGCUGCUUGGUUCUAAAAUUAAAUGAUCUGCGCUCAGUGAACGUUGGACUUUUUGAUCAGUAUUUCCGACUUGCUGGACAUUCAGCUGAACAUAUAUUAACUUGUCUAACCAGAGACAGUUAUAGUACUCAUGCCUUUAUUCAGCACCUUAUGGCAGUACUUUCACUACUGGCAAGAACACCAUCACCAGAGCCAGUGGAUAAGGACUUCUACUCUGAAUUUGGAAAGAAAAAUACAGGGAAAAUGGAGAAUUAUGAACUGAUUCACUCUAGCAGAGUGAAGUUUAUAUAUCCCAAUGAAGAAGAAAUUGGGGACCUUGCCUUUCUAGUAGCAGAGAAGAUGAACAAUGUGAUUAACUUCCAGUCUCUGAAUAUACUUCUCUAUGUGUUAGCAUUUCAAGUGAAUGCUACAGAAGGGAUUACUCAAUCCAACAGUUUACUUCAACCUAAAACACUGAUUUUAACCAGCUCAGAUUUGUUUCUUUUCAAUGAGGAUUACAUCAGUUAUCCACUUCCUGAAUUUGCUAAGGAACCGCCAAAGAAAGACAAGUAUCAGCUUGCAGAUGGAAGAAGGAUUCGUGAUUUAGAUCGAGUGCUCAUGGGCUAUCAGACAUAUCCUCAGGCUCUCACGUUUGUUUUUGAUGACAUUCAGAAUCAAGAUCUCAUGCAGAACCUGACUCUUGAUCACUUUGGCAACGUUCUCAGUUUUCCUAAAGGGCAGAUUACCCAGGAAAGCAACAGCAGUCAAGAGGUCCUGUGGUGUGUCUUUAUCCCAAGUCCAGAAAGCCGUGAGAAACUAAUCUCUCUGCUUGCUAGGCAGUGGGAGAUCUUAUGUGGUCGAGAGCUUCCUUUGGAGCUCACUGGGUAGUUUUAUUUUUUAUUUUCAGAUAUUUUAGCUGUUGCAGAACUAAGAGAUCAGGCUGAAGAUUGACUUAAAGCACAGUAAUGCUUGAAUUAAGCAGCAAUCAGCAUUCUCUUCACAGCAACAUAAUGUGGCAUUGUGUGUUACCUGUAUGUUACUGUUAUAUUCCUUGUGCAUUGAAGAAGUUUUAAUAGUACAACAAAUCUGCUAAAAUAUUAAAACUGGAGUUUUCUAUAUUUUUAUGUAACAGUACAUCUUCAAGAUUCCCUAUUAAGCAUCCCAGGCAACUGUAUGGAACAAAAGGAGUCAAUACUUGGCAUACUUUCAUUAGGGCUGUUAUGUUUCCACUGUUUUUUGUACAUAUAUAUCAAUCUUGCUAUUCUAUACAAACUAUGUAAAUAAUGUUAACAAAAGAUGCUCAUGCUAUGUCAAAGUGCAGUGUUCUUUGUACAAGAUGUAUGCUGCUAACAAUUAUUUAAUCAUCCUUCUGAUGAUAAUUUUUACAUUGUCUUUUUAUGAUGUCUCAAAUUUAUGUUUGUUUGGUAAUCAUGAACAUAAAGGCAGAAUUCAUCCAUAAUUGAAAGUUGCUUUUACUUAUGAUGGGCACUUUUUAAUAGUUGGGGAAAGUUACCAAUUUCACUUCAUCAUCACAGACAAAGAUUGGCCAGGAUUGACAAUAACUACUCUGUUGCCAGCCAAUAAUAGGGCACAUAGUUCAGAGCACUGUGUUACUGUUGCCAAGUUUCUCACUACAAUUAAACUAAAAUUUGACACUGA